GUGGCCCGGGUGGCCCGAGGCACCCACGCACCUGGAGGGCAGUGGUGGCCCGCACAGCCGCUGGGCCCGCAUGGGAGGGGCACCCCGCCCUGGUGACGGGACAGUCUUAAGUUUCCCUCGCUGGUUGGCAGCUGUGUCAUAUUAUGGUGGACCAAGCCCAGAAACUAUAUAAAGCUGCAGCUGCAAUCCUGGCUAUCCUACAAUAAGAGAAGUGUAAACAGAAGAGACCUCAGAAUCUCUUGCACUAUCCAAUGACAAACGAGAUCCUGUUUCAAGGUGGAAGAGAACACGUGACUGUAUUCUUUCCCCAUUUGGGGAAGCCCUGCUCAUCACACCACUACGCUGUACAUCAGGGUCCUUUGAUGGAUGAAGACAGUGAAGUGACCCAGCCCCAAGAGCAGAGCUGCUGGGCCACUCUGCCAGAUGUGUGCCUGCGACGUGUUUUCUGGUGGCUGGGAGACAGGGACAGGUCCAGAGCUGCCCUGGUCUGCAGAAAGUGGAACCAGAUUAUGUACUCAGCUGACCUCUGGCGAUACAGGACCAUCACGUUCAGCGGAAGGCCGUCCAGGGUACACGCAUCUGAAUUCGAGUCGGCACUGUGGUACAUUAAGAAAUUUGGCCGAUACCUGGAACACUUGGAAAUCAAGUUCCUGAACCCUUACAAUGCCGUCUUGACCAAAAAGUUUCAGGUCACCAUGCGAGGCCUCCUGUCGUGCCUGGGCAAGAGUAACAACCGCCUGCGGUCACUCUCUAUCCAACACCUGGAGCUGGAUCGGCUGGUCUGGAGAAAUAGCAUUAGGGGUUCACUCAUCAAGAGCCUGAGUUUUUUCUUAAAGAAAAUGGGCAAACACCUGGACCAUCUCAGCCUGAAAGGAGCCCGGCUGACAGUGGAGCAAGGCUGCCACAUCCUCAACUCCCUGAGCUACACGCAGAAUGAGAACAUGGCCUCAGAGCUCAACAUUGAAGACUUCUUCAGCCAUCACCUGGCUGUCUAUGGCAGCUCCCAGUUCAACAAGGCCAUGGCCACCUUCCGCAACUUGACAUUCCUAACACUCAACUACAACUGUAUCUCCGACGAGCUGCUCGAGACCUUGAGCGAGAACAACGCCGGGACCCUCCGGACCAUGAACAUCAAAUGCCAUGUUCAUGACCCUCACGGUCAGGUAGUCUGGGGUAUGUCUUGGGCCAAGUUGGCCAGGCAGGCCAGCAACCUGAAGGUGAACUUCUUCUUUGAGCGGGUGAUGAAAUAUGAACGCCUGGCCCGGAUCUUGCUGCAGGAGAUUCCAGUCAGGAGCAUCAGCCUGAGAAGUUGCUAUUUCAGUGACCCGGACUGGUCCAUGCGGCCCACUCUGACAGACCUCCUGCCCACCUUCCGGAACACCCUGCAGAAGUUAACGUUCGAGUUCAACAAUAAUCACGAGUCUCUGGAUGAGCAGCUGCAUCUCCUCAUCCUGGCCUGUCGGAAGCUGUUUUACUUCAAAAUCUGGGCUUUCCUGGACGUGAAGUUUGUGGAGCGGAUCCUGAAGAGCCAGGAGGAAGGGCAGUGCUCCCUGCAUACACUGAAGGUGAGAAUUUAUACAAACCGAUAUGAGACAAAUGAAGAGGACAGGACCCUACGGGAAAUUUACAGGAAAUACAGAAAGCUGAUCGAUUCAGAACUUAACUAUUUUGUCGUCGCCUACCCCAUGAUGUAAAGAGUGCUCUCCAGAGGAAGACAUCUAGAUGCACUUUGAACCCGAAAACCUGGUUCUCAGUGAAUUAGAUUUGGGGCUCCCAUGCCCUCAUCUCUUUUUCUUCUCUCUUGUUUAGCCAGUUCCACACCAUCAUGACCAGCCUUGUGAAGGCUGGGCUGGUGGUGAUGGCGAGGCUCCAAACAUCUUUAAAGUGCUAUCUUUA